CUCUUCUUUUCUUUCAUUCCUCAUUCCUUCAACUUUUUCUCAUUCCCUCAUUCUUUUCAUUUCUUUACUCUUCGUUAUAUUACUUGACUCACUUGUCAAUAAGAAUUAAUAAUUAACCAUGUUCAGGGAUUCAAUCAAGACCAACCUCGAGUGGACCUCAUCCCUUGAUAUCGAUUAUACUCCAAAAAAUGUCCGCAAGACCUCAAUCAUUUGCACCAUUGGUCCAAAGACUAAUAGUGUCGACAUGAUCACCAAACUUCGCCAGGCCGGCAUGAACAUUGUUCGUAUGAACUUUAGCCACGGUUCGUAUGAAUAUCACCAGUCUGUUAUCGAUAAUACCCGCAAGAGUGCUGAAGAGCAUCCUGGCCGCCCCGUUGGAAUUGCUCUUGACACUAAGGGACCCGAGAUUCGUACUGGGUUGAUGAAAGACGAUGUCGAAGUUCCUAUCACUGCCGGCCACGAGAUGAUCUUCUCUACAAAUGACCAGUACGCAGAAGCAUGCACAGGCGAGGUCAUGUACUUGGACUACAAGAAUAUUACCAAGGUCAUCUCCCCAGGUAAAAUCAUCUACGUUGACGAUGGCGUGUUGUCAUUCCAGGUUCUUGCUGUUGAGGGAGACCAAGUCAAGGUCAGGGCGUUGAACAAUGGCAAGCUAUGCUCCAGAAAGGGUGUUAACCUGCCCAAGACUGAGGUGGAUCUUCCUGCUCUAUCAGAAAAGGACAAGAAGGAUCUGCAGUUUGGUGUCAAGAACAAUGUCGAUAUCGUCUUUGCUUCAUUUAUCCGUCGUGCAGAUGAUGUUCGUGAGAUUCGCAGGAUUCUGGGCGAGGAGGGAAAGCAUAUCAGGAUUAUCAGUAAGAUCGAGAACCACCAGGGUGUCAAGAAUUUCGACGAGAUCCUGGAGGUUACAGAUGGCGUCAUGGUCGCUCGUGGCGAUUUGGGUAUUGAGAUCCCUUGUGAACAAGUUUUCAUUGCUCAAAAGAUGAUGGUCUCCAAGUGCAACUUGGCAGGCAAGCCCGUUAUUUGUGCCACUCAGAUGCUGGAGUCCAUGACUUACAACCCUCGCCCUACUCGUGCCGAAGUGUCAGAUGUCGCGAACGCUGUUCUGGAUGGCGUCGACUGUGUCAUGUUGUCAGGAGAGACCGCAAAGGGAUCAUAUCCACUUGAGGCUGUCCGCACUAUGGCUGAUACCUGUGUUCUUGCAGAGUCUGCUAUCUGUUACCCACCAUUGUUCAAUGAGCUUCGUAUGCUCCAAAAGCGCCCUACUGAAACCACUGAAACUGUAGCCUCAUCAGCCGUCUCUGCAGCGCAUGAACAGGAUGCCGGGGCGAUUGUUGUCCUCUCAACUUCUGGAGACACUGCUCGUUUAAUCUCAAAGUAUCGUCCACAGGCCAACAUCAUUAUUGUGACCCGCAAGGCUUCGACCGCUCGUGCGAUUCACUUGUCUCGAGGCUGUUAUCCAUUUAUCUAUGAACAACCCAAGGUGGAUGAUUGGCAGGAGGAUGUUGACAACAGAUUGCGUUGGGGUAUGGAUCAGGCUAUUCACCACGGUUUGUUGAAAUCAGGCCAGCCAGUGAUCGUCAUCCAGGGAUUCCGUGCAGGAUACGGAAACACCAAUACUAUGCGCAUUGUCGUCGCUUAAUCCCUGUUAUCUAAACUGAUAUAUUUUUUGUUAGUAAAAAACACACUCACAUACCGGUGAGAUCCAUGUAGAUAUGAAUUAACGCAAUAAACCUCUCUUGAAGAGCAGUGGUUGUAC